AUGGGGCAGAGGAUGGAGGACAGAGGAUGUGGGCCUCAAGAUGACAAGAGGAGGAGCUUGUGGUCCUCAAGAUGGCAGGAGGUGGAGCUUUUGGUCCUCAAGAUGGCAGGAGGAGCUUGUAGACCUCAGGGUGGCAGGAGGAGUAGCUUGUGGUCCUCACGAUGGCAGGAGGAGCUUGUGGGCUUCAGGAUGGGAGGAGGAGCUUGUGAGCUUCAGGAUGGCAGGUGGAGGAGCUUGUGGGCUUCAGGAUGGCAGGUGGAGGAGCUUGUGGGCUUCAGGAUGGCAGGUGGAGGAGCUUGUGGGCUUCAGGAUGGCAGGUGGAGGAGCUUGUGGGCUUCAGGAUGGCAGCAGGAGGAGCUUGUGGGCUUCAGGAUGGCAGGUGGAGGAGCUUGUGGGCUUCAGGAUGGCAGGUGGAGGAGCUUGUGGGCUUCAGGAUGGCAGCAGGAGGAGCUUGUGGGCUUCAGGAUGGCAGCAGGAGGAGCUUGUGGGCUUCAGGAUGGCAGCAGGAGGAGCUUGUGGGCUUCAGGAUGGCAGGUGGAGGAGCUUGUGGGCUUCAGGAUGGCAGCAGGAGGAGCUUGUGGGCUUCAGGAUGGCAGGUGGAGGAGCUUGUGGGCUUCAGGAUGGCAGCAGGAGGAGCUUGUGGGCUUCAGGAUGGCAGCAGGAGGAGCUUGUGGGCUUCAGGAUGGCAGCAGGAGGAGCUUGUGGGCUUCAGGAUGGCAGGUGGAGGAGCUUACACGUAUCACAAAUACCCUGUCUGUCUGUCUGUCUGUCUGUCUGACUCUCUGUAGGUGUCCGUGGUUAGCAAACGUUGUUUCUCCCGUGGUUCCUGUCUACAAUGGCGUGGUGUUCCUCCUUGUCCUGGCUAAUUUCAGCAUGGCCACCUUCAUGGACCCGGGCGUGUUCCCUCGAGCGAGUGAGGAUGAGGAUAAGGAUGAUGACUUUCGAGCUCCUCUCUAUAAGAACGUGGAGGUGAAGGGUAUUCAGGUGCGGAUGAAAUGGUGCUCCACCUGCCACUUCUACAGACCACCACGAUGCUCACACUGCAGUGUGUGUGACAACUGUGUGGAGGACUUUGAUCAUCACUGUCCGUGGGUGAAUAACUGCAUCGGUCGGAGGAAUUACAGGUAUUUUUUCCUCUUCCUGCUCUCUCUGAGCACACACAUGCUGGGCGUGUUCUCAUUCGGUCUGCUGUUUGUCCUCAACCACCUGGAGAGCCUCAGAGAGCUGCACACCACCAUCACUAUGAUAGUGAUGUGUGUUUCUGGUCUGUUCUUCAUCCCCGUUAUGGGACUCACCGGGUUUCACUUAGUGCUGGUGGCCAGAGGGCGCACUACUAACGAACAGGUAACGGGGAAGUUUCGGGGAGGUGUGAACCCUUUUACUCGUGGUUGCUGUGGCAACGUGAAACAUGUUCUUUGCAGUCCUCUAGCUCCAAGGUAUAUGGUGGACCCCAGGAAGAAGCCGAACAUCCAGAUAAACCCCCCGUUCCUGCGCCCCGUUGUGUCUGAGCGUAACGUCGUUGUUAAAGUCAGUGAUAAUGGAGUUCACGCCAACAUCCUGAGGACGAAGUCAAAAGCCAGUCUGGAUGGUUUGGGAGAGAAAAGUGCAGAUAUUCAGCCUCCUCUUCCUCCUAAAGCUGAACGUCACCAUCAUCAUCAUCAUCAACAUCACCCUCAUCCUCAGCAUCAGCUCCAGAAUCAGCAGACGUCCAGUGAAGAAAGUUCUGUGUCCAGUAAGCCCACCACUCCAUCCACUCCGGCCAUGUACAAAUUCAGACCGUCGUUUGGCACGAUGCCCAAAGUGCACUACCACGCCACGGGAGAGAAGGUCUCAAUGUCCGAGGACUCCAAAUCGGCAGCCAUCUUGGAAGAGCGAGCUCACGACUAUCGCUCCGAGCCGAACCUCGAUUUCCCGGAUUACGGCGGCGCAGAAGUUCCUCCCCUUCAUCGCCACUUCCUGUCGUCUCCGUUUCAGCUCGACUCAUACAGCCUGAAACACGCCGGCCGUAGGGAGGAACCCGCGAAGCUAGGGGGCGUCAAACCCGAGUCGGUGACGUCCACGCCUCACAGGGGCAUGUUUUCCCCCGGGACAAUGUCCAGCCGCAACGCCAGUCUGUCCUACGACAGCUUAUUAUCACCGAGCGUUGCCGUGGCGCCCUCUGUGCCCUUCCACUCGCCUUACCUGCCCGCUAAGACAUGCCUUGUGCGACGUCCUGAAUUGCAGCGCCAGCACUUCCCCUCUUCCCCUUACAGCCCCGCCCGGGUGGGGUACCUGUACAGCCGGGAGCGGGAGAGAGAGCGAGACGGGGAGAGAGAGCGAGACAGGGAUCCGUCUCCUGUCCGCUACGAUAACCUCUCCAAAACCAUCAUGGCGUCCAUCCAGGAGCGGAAAGAGCUGGAGGAGAGGGAGAGGCUCAUUCACCGUCACGGCCACGCCCAUGCACACAACCACGCCCACAUUUACGCCAACGAUUCGGGCGUCUUUGACGGACGUUUUCCCGCCUCCAGAGGGUCUCGGGACGAGCUCACCAGGGUCGGGGUGAUGUCCUUCGGCCCUCGCGUCCUCCACUCCUCGGCGUCGUCGCUGGUCCGAGUUCCCGGAGCGUCCACUUCUUCUCUACACGACGAGGCGGGAAACGUCCAUUAUCGCUCGCCGUCCCAUCAGCCCCCUCUCUCUCCAUCACUCUCUCCACGUUCUCCCUCCUUCUCUCAUCACAAACGGUCCUACAUCAGCGCCGUGGAGAGAGCCGAAUCACCUCACCUGGGCCACAGGGAGGAAACGAACCGAGCGAAAGUUAACGGACAGGCUAAAGGGCAGACGCGAGACUGCCACCCGGUGUCCUCCACCGGAACACCGCUCAGCCCGAGCGUCAAAAAGGACACUGUAGCCGACCAAUCAGAGCCUUUCUCACAGGGGCGGACGGGCCAAUCAGAGCAGGUCUUUCACCGUUCUGGUCCAAUCAGAGGAGGUCUCUCAACAUCUAUGGGUGCUUUCGGUUGGUGAUCGCCGCAUCUCGGGUGGGGCCGAGACGUUACUCUGUGUGUGUGUGUGUGUGUGUGUGUGUGUGUGUUUCAAAUCAGGAGUUUUCAUGGAUCCCUUUAUUCCAGAUGAAAAUUGGUUUUAAAAGCUACAAAGGAAAACAAUCCCCUCUGAAAGGGCUGAAGUGUCCGUUAACUGUAAUAUCCAAUAAAAAGGUGCUCUCCGUGUGUAUGUGUGUGUGCAUGUGUGUGCGUGUGUGUGUGUGUGUGUGUGUGUGUGUGUCAGAGAGAGAGAGAGAAUGUAGGCCACCACCUACCAGUAUCUUUACCACCACCGUUAUCAUUUACACCCUGCGUUAGCGUUAGCAUGCAGUCUGUUUUUAUUCUGACUGAAAUCUCAGAAACUUUUUUACUUUUAAAUAAAUAAUAAAUAAAAGUGCAUUAAUCGCCACGUUUGUGCUAAAAACACUCACAAACAUGUCACACGCCUCAGAUCUCCAUGUUAGCGCUCUGGGUAGGCGGCCAUGUUGGUGUAAAUAAACACCGGUAAUCAUAUCAAAAUUAUUGGCACCCUUCAGAAUAUAUGUACAAUUAAUAAUAUCUCAAAUUAAAUAUAUGUGUAUAGUUUUUAUUAAAGAUGUUACAUUUUUAUAUAGCUAAUAUAAAUUAUUUUUAAAUAUUUAUUUGUUAAUUUUAUAUAUGAAUUUUCUCAAACAUAAAUCAUUCCUGUGCAUUUUUUUUUAAGAACAGUAUUUUAAUGAACAGUAUUCAUUAAAAACAUGGUAAAAAAAAUGAUUGGCACCCCUACGAAAUGACAACAUUUUUAAAAAAUUGUGAUUCUUGGAGAAAUAAUUAAAAUUAUUAUUGUCUAAAUAUAUACAGAUAAUAAAUAAAUAUUUUUUUUAUUGUUGCGUUUGAGAAAAUAAUCAGCUGCAAAUGCAGGAUACGGAUAUAAAAAUAUAUACACACGUUCAAUACUAACAUUUUAAACGCUACAGAAGCGCUGAGGAGGCGCGAAGACGCAGAAGAUCAGAAUCAGCUGUUUAGACUCUGUGUCUGUUGCAGUGAGCUGAUUGGACGAGAAGCUCUUCCUCACCACAGAGCUCAUGAACUUCAUCAUCAGGGAUUUUCAUGAAGGGUGCCAAUAAUUCUGGAGUUCACCGUUUUCCACCUAAACUAGGCAGAUAGAAUUAAAAUGUCGAAGUUUCCUUGUGUCGUGAUGUGUGUGUGUGUGUGUGUGUGUGUGUGUGUGUGUGUAAAACUGACGUUAGCUUGUUGCAUGUAUUGUGCAGCUAGUGGAUUUUUUUUUUCACGUGAGCUAGCCGUGUUAGCCGUGUUAGCAUGCGACAUCAGAAGUUCAGUUCAUUAAAUAAGGAAGAAAAACAGUGUGAGUCUAGCAGGGGGCACAUACUUAUGAUCAGUCUGCCUCCGCAGGGGGGUUACAGUAAAGCACACUUUGUCCCCUAUCUAGGGCUCUAAAAUGGAGAUCUGUGGUUAUAGCCGACAUCAGACACGGUUUUACUUAUUGUUCAAAUAUUACAAAUUUGUAAUAACUGACCCCACCAGUCCCCUUAACCCCACCCUUACCUGACCCCACCAUUCCCCUUAACCCUGCCCUUACCUGACCCCACCGUUCCCCUUAACCCCACCCUUACCUGACCCCACCGUUCCCCUUAACCCCACCCUUACCUGACCCCACCGUUCCCCUUAACCCUGCCCUUACCUGACCCACAUUUCCCCUUAACCCCACCCUUACCUGACCCCACCGUUCCCCUUAACCCUGCCCUUACCUGACCCACAUUUCCCCUUAACCCCACCCUUACCUGACCCCACCAUUCCCCUUAACCCCACCCUGACCUGACCCACAUUUCCCCUUAACCCCACCCUUACCUGACCCCACCUUUCCCCUUAACCCCACCCUGACCUGACCCACAUUUCCCCUUAACCCCACCCUUACCUGACCCCACCGUUCCCCUUAACCCCACCCUGACCUGACCCACAUUUCCCCUUAACCCCACCCUUACCUGACCCCACCAUUCCCCUUAACCCCACCCUGACCUAACCCACAUUUCCCCUUAACCCCACCCUUACCUGACCCCACCUUUCCCCUUAACCCCACCCUUACCUGACCCCACCAGUCCCCUUAACCCCGCCCUUACCUGACCCACAUUUCCCCUUAACCCCGCCCUUACUGGACCCCACCUUUCCCCUUAACCCCGCCCUUACCUGACCCACAUUUCCCCUUAACCCCGCCCUUACUGGACCCCACCUUUCCCCUUAACCCCGCCCUUACCUGACUCCACCUUUCCCCUUAACCCCACCUUUACCUGACCCCACAUUUCCCCUUAACCCCACCCUGACCUGACCCACAUUUCCCCUUAACCCCGCCCCUACUUGACCCCACCUUUCCCCUUAACCCCGCCCUUACCUGACCCCACCUUUCCCCUUAACCCCGCCCUUACCUGACCCCACAUUUCCCCUUAACCCCGCCCUACCUGACCCCACCUUUCCCCUUAACCCCGCCCUUACCUGACCCAUAUUUCCCCUUAACCCCGCCCCUACCUGACCCCAAAUUUCCCUUAACCCCGCCCUUACCUGACCCCACCUUUCCCCUUAACCCCGCCCUUACCUGACCCCACCUUUCCCCUUAACCCCGCCCUUACCUGACCCCACCUUUCCCCUUAACCCCACCCUGACCCCUCCUUUUAUCUUGAACCCAUCUGAAAUUGAACCCACCUUGACCUGGCCUGCUCUUUCACUUAGACCCCACUCUGACCUUUCACCCUGACUCCGCCCCCUGUCCUUACACUACACUACCCUGUUCAGUAAUAUCAUAUCAUAACUCUAACAAUAUCAACAUUUAUCUUUAUAUUUCUCACGUUACUGUAAGAGCAGAACUCUUUAUAGUUUCCUGUACAGAGAAUUUUACUUUAACGCUUUAACGGCAGCUUUAUUUUCAGUUUCUGCUUCUGUAGAUAACGUGGUCUUUUACGUUGUUAUUUUCUGUACCAGUCUAGCGUAGCAUAAUGCUAACACUGGCACUGUUUCACGUUUAAACAAGCCCUGAACUCCCUCAGUGUCACAUCUUGUACAAUGUAAUAUUUUUUUUAUUUAAAUAUAUAUAUAUAUAUAGUUUUGUCUAGACUCCGGAGACGUGACAUCACACCUGCUGUUAUCCGAAAGACAGGAUCUUUAUUUUCUUUUCUCUUUUGUUUACUUCUGCACUGUUUCUCAGCCAGUAAAGACCUGAUUUUAUUCAGACAGGAGUCCAUGUUUAAGUUAUUCAAAUAUCAGUCACUACAUUAUUUAACCCUCACACCUGAUAUUGUAUAAAAGUUAUUUAAAAAUGACUCUACUUUCAUACAUUACUUUUAUACCAUAUAUAUAUAUAACAUAAAUAAAUAUAGAAAUAUACACGAGUGAGUAAAUCUGAGUGUAGAGCUGAUUAAAUGCAAACCUGGAUGUUUUAUCGUGUAUCAUGAGAUGUUGUGUGGAAUUGUUUUGCCCUUGACAGGCUGUCUGGCACAGCAAAGCAUUCUGGGAGGAAAAAAAAAAAGCAUAAAUGAUGUGUGUACAAUUAUAAAAAAAAGAAAAGAAAAGAAAGAAGAAGAAUAAAAACUACAGGAAUCUUUUUCUGUUUAAAUAAAGAUGUGUUCUGAAGAAAUAUUACAAAAUAUUAUAGUUUGAUAUUGAGGUACAGCUGUUAUUUUUUUGUUUACCUAAAAAAAAGUCUAAAUAAAUAAAUACAUUUAGUCUGAAAGUGUGUGUGUGUGUGUGUGUGUGUGUGUGUGUGUGUGUCCUUCAUUUCCCUCUGAAUAACGGGCUGGGGAAGAGUACAAUGGAUGUAAUAUUUAUAUUUAAAGAUAACAUGUUAACAAAUAAACAACUAAAAAGUUAGAAAAUUAGGCAAGAGGAAAUUAGAGGAGAGGAAACAGGAAGAGGAAAUUAGAGGAGAGGAAACAGGAGCAUUUCAUUCCUGAUCUUUACACGCAGAAAACAUCAAUAUUCAAACUGUUAGAUUUCAUUUUACAUUCUUUAUUUAUAGAGUUAUUCAUUAAGUGAGGAGUGACACCGGAGAGAGAGAGCGAGAGAGAGAGAGAGAGAUUAGUGGUUAAGGCUCUGGGUUACUGAUCGGAAGGUUGGGGGUUCAAGCCCCAAGCUGCCACUGUUGGGCCCUUGAGCAAGGCCCUUAACCCUCUCUGCUCCAGGGGGCGCUGUAUCAGGGUUGACCCUGCACUCUGACCCCAACUUCGUG